AUGAUACAUUCGGCUUUUGUACCUCGUGCUUAUGUUUACCUCCAACCACUGAUAGAGGAGCUAAAGGAGUUAUGGGAAUCCGGCAUAGAGACAUAUGAUUCUUCAAUGAAUCAAACUUUUCAAAUGUGUGCAGCUCUUUUGUGGACAAUUAGUGACUACCCUGCUUAUGCUAUGUUGUCGGGCUGGAGCACCAAAGGAAAAUUGGUGUGUGCUUGUUGUAAAUCUAACACCAAUUUGUUAUACCUCAGACACAAUCAUAAGAUGUGUUAUAUGGACCACCGUACCUUUUUACCAAUAACUCAUUCUUGGAGAGACGAUGUCAAAUCAUUUAACGGAGAAGAAGAACAUAGGACUGCACCAUCCAUGUUAAACGGGGCAGAAAUUCUUGAACUCUUAAAAGAUUUCAAUAAUGAAUUCGAGAAGAAGAAAAAGAAGAAAGUUGUUGGCCCGUGGAAGAAGAGUAUUGUUGGAACUCUUUUGGACAUUCUGGGGAAGACAAAAGAUCAUAUUAAAGCCCAUUAUGAUUUGAAAGAAAUGGGAAUUAGAGAAAGACUUCAUCCAAGGGAGAUUGGUGGAGGACGUUCAGAGUUUGCAAAAGCAUGUUUCUCAAUGACUCCGCACGAGAAGUCAAUUUUUUGUGGAGUUAUAAAGGCUGCCAAGUUACCAGAUGGGACUGCAUCAAAUAUUUCAAAAUUAAGAAGCACAAUGCCCAAGGAGGUGGCAACCCCACUAAUUCAUCUUGGUUCCUUUUUCCGCUCUUUAUAUCAGAAAGUUAUACAAGUGGAAGAUUUAGAUUACCUAGAAGAUGAGAUUGUAGAGAUACUUUGUCAGUUGGAGAUGAUAUUUCCUCCAAGUUUCUUUGACAUAAUGGUUCACUUGCCUAUUCACCUGGUAAAUGAAGUUAGAUUGGGUGGUCCUGUUCAAUUUCGAUGGAUGUGUCCCACCGAAAGAUACUUGUGUAAACUUAAGAACUAUGUCCGCAAUAGAGCUUAUUCUGAAGGUUCUAAUGCCGAGGGGUAUCUGGAUGAAGAAGUUAUAACAUUUUGCUCAAGGGGGGCAGGUGAACCUUUUCAUCUUGAUGUGAAAUCAAAGGACGAUGCCCAUCGAUACAUCUUAUUCAAUUGCAAUGAGGUUCAAAUUUACAUCAGUGAGCAUGAUCAGAGUGUUAAUUCAAACACUAACAAAAGGAAGUGGACCAAGGCCAAAAGUCAAAGCAAAGAAUUUGGUGAAUGGUUUAAAACUCGUGCCCAGAAAGAUGAUGUGCCAUUACAACUUGAAAAACUUUCUAGAGGUCCUAAUUUUGUUGCAAAGAGGUAUCCAGGUUACGUCAUUAAUGGAUAUAGGUUCCAUACUACGAAACGAAAUACAAAUCGCAAAACUCAAAAUUCUGGCUGCGAUUGGUUUGAGGUUGAAAAAGACAAAUAUGGACUUACUUGUGUGCUUUUCAAUAAGAAAAUUUAUCAGAAUGACCCGUUUGUGCUACCUUCUCAAGUUCAUCAAUGUUACUAUGUCCAAGACCCUUUUAAUCCAAACCGGCAUUAUGCUCUGCAAACAGUUCCACGAGAUUUCUUUAACAUUGCUGACCUGUCAAACUUACAGGCUGAAACACCUUCUAGUGGAGAAAAUAGUGAUGGUGGUGGUGAAUUAAAUUGGGUUAGGGAAGACAUACCUGCAACAAUAGCUGAAACACCACAUGAAAUGAAUGAAGCUGAAAGUGAUGGAGAGGAUUUUGAUUAUGAUGAUACCCUAUUUGAUUUCAUGGACUAA